AUGAAGAUACCAUUUAUACUUUUAGUUACAGUCGCCAUAGUUUCUGCGACUACGGCUGGCAAUAGCCAUUUUUCCGUUCCCGGAGCCCUCCUUGGCUGUGUUAACCAGGUUGCGCACGCUACUGCGUCUAGCCACCGAGACUUCCAAAGUAUCUGCGCUAAAAGAGACCAAGUUUUAAAAUGUUUAGUAGACAACUGUGCCUUUGGAAACUUUCUGCAGGCAAGAGAUCACUAUUUAGGAACCUGCUUAUGCAUGGUCUCUGAAUUACAAAACAAUACUCGGUAUACCUUCUUCAAGCAGCCUCAUGAAAAUGACCCUAAAACAAUUGCAAGAGGAUCUACUGCAGAUUAUUGGAAAGCCGAGAGCAUGGCAAGAAAAGUUGCCAUAAAAGAAUAUAAUCAGUCCCGGAAGUAUUCAAAUGCCACGAUUACACCGGCAAUCAAGCCACCAAAGAAUGAACUAAGGGAACAUCAAAUACAAAAUAAUGAACAUAACAAAGAUAUAAAUGACACCACUACAAUUUUGGCAUCGUCACGCAAAAUUCGGCAAAAGGAUGCAAUUCCUUUGGAGGAGAAAACAUUUGACGAGGUAUCAGAAUUCAGACAGUUUGCCCCGAAAAAGGUAGAAAAUUACUACGACGACUUUACAACAAUAACUACUGAGAGAGUUUUAUCAACUCCCUUGCCUGUGCAGGAUGUGCAUCUUGCAAGUACUAAUAUUGCGCUCUCAUUGAAAUUUGAUAAAGAAUUAUUGCAAGAACAGACGGAGAAGCAAUUGGAUGACUUUGAUGAUGACUCCGAUUCUCCUGAGAAUUCCGAGAAUAACGACGAUCUCGAUGACUUGUUUGGAGGUACCAAAAUCUCCAAUGACAACAGGAGAAGAAGAAGACGCAAAAAGGGUCACGAAAGAAAAAUAAAAGGCCGAAAGAAGAAGGUGUACAAGGCCGACAGAGAGAGAAAAUGGAGAGCCAAAGAUCGUAAUAAAUGGGAGAAAGCUAAAAGUUUCUUUACAGGAUACGAGGAUAUAGGAGAGAAAGAAGAAGAAGAAUAA